CCGGCCUAGCGUCCUUCCCCCAAUCCCCUCAGGCUCAGCUGCGCCGGGGGCCGCAGGCCGGUUCCCGAGGUGGCCCAGGCGCCGUCCCACCGCCGACGCCGCCCGGGCCGUCCCUCCCCGCCGCCCCCCGUCCUCCGCCUCCGCCUCCCCCCGCCCUCAGCCUCCCUUCCCCCUCCCCGCCCAGCAGCGGUCGCUCGGGCCCGGCUCUCGGUUAUAAGAUGGCGGCGCUGAGCGGCGGUGGCGGCGGCGGCGGCGGCGCGGAGCAGGGCCAGGCUCUGUUCAAUGGGGACAUGGAGCCCGAGGCCGGCGCCGCGGCCUCUUCGGCUGCGGACCCCGCCAUUCCCGAGGAGGUGUGGAAUAUCAAACAAAUGAUUAAGUUGACACAGGAACAUAUAGAGGCCCUAUUGGACAAAUUUGGUGGGGAGCAUAAUCCACCAUCAAUAUAUCUGGAGGCCUAUGAAGAAUACACCAGCAAGCUAGAUGCCCUCCAACAAAGAGAACAACAGUUAUUGGAAUCCCUGGGGAAUGGAACUGAUUUUUCUGUUUCUAGCUCUGCAUCAACGGACACCGUUACAUCUUCUUCCUCUUCUAGCCUUUCAGUGCUGCCUUCAUCUCUUUCAGUUUUUCAAAAUCCCACAGAUGUGUCACGGAGCAACCCCAAGUCACCACAAAAACCUAUCGUUAGAGUCUUCCUGCCCAAUAAACAGAGGACAGUGGUACCUGCACGGUGUGGAGUCACAGUCCGGGACAGCCUGAAGAAGGCACUGAUGAUGAGAGGUCUAAUCCCAGAGUGCUGUGCUGUUUACAGAAUUCAGGAUGGGGAGAAGAAACCAAUUGGCUGGGACACUGAUAUUUCCUGGCUUACUGGAGAGGAGUUGCAUGUAGAAGUGUUGGAGAAUGUUCCACUUACAACACACAACUUUGUACGGAAAACUUUUUUCACCUUAGCAUUUUGUGACUUCUGUAGAAAGCUGCUUUUCCAGGGGUUCCGCUGUCAAACAUGUGGUUAUAAAUUUCACCAGCGUUGUAGUACAGAGGUUCCACUGAUGUGUGUUAAUUAUGACCAACUAGAUUUGCUGUUUGUCUCCAAGUUCUUUGAACACCACCCAAUACCACAGGAGGAGGCCUCCUUAGCAGAGACUACCCUUCCAUGUGGCUCAUCUCCUUCUGCACCCCCCUCCGAUUCUAUUGGGCCCCCAAUUCUCACCAGUCCAUCUCCUUCAAAAUCCAUUCCAAUUCCACAGCCUUUCCGACCAGCAGAUGAAGAUCAUCGAAAUCAGUUUGGACAACGAGACCGGUCCUCAUCAGCUCCAAAUGUGCAUAUAAACACAAUAGAACCCGUCAAUAUUGAUGACUUGAUUAGAGACCAAGGGUUUCGUAGUGAUGGAGCCCCUUUGAACCAGCUGAUGCGCUGUCUUCGGAAAUACCAAUCCCGGACUCCCAGUCCCCUCCUACAUUCUGUCCCCAGUGAAAUAGUGUUUGAUUUUGAGCCUGGCCCAGUGUUCAGAGGAUCAACCACAGGUUUAUCCGCCACACCCCCUGCCUCAUUACCUGGCUCACUCUCUAAUGUGAAAGCAUUGCAGAAAUCUCCAGGACCUCAGCGAGAAAGAAAGUCCUCUUCAUCCUCAGAAGAUAGGAAUCGAAUGAAAACGCUUGGUAGACGGGAUUCAAGUGACGAUUGGGAGAUUCCUGAUGGACAGAUCACAGUGGGACAAAGAAUUGGAUCAGGGUCAUUUGGGACGGUCUACAAGGGAAAGUGGCAUGGUGAUGUGGCAGUGAAAAUGUUGAAUGUGACAGCACCCACACCUCAGCAGUUACAGGCCUUCAAAAAUGAAGUAGGAGUACUCAGGAAAACGCGACAUGUGAAUAUCCUCCUCUUCAUGGGUUAUUCAACAAAGCCACAACUGGCUAUUGUUACCCAGUGGUGUGAGGGCUCCAGUUUAUAUCAUCAUCUCCACAUCAUUGAGACCAAAUUCGAGAUGAUCAAACUUAUAGAUAUUGCACGGCAGACUGCACAGGGCAUGGAUUACUUACACGCCAAGUCAAUCAUCCACAGAGACCUCAAGAGUAAUAAUAUUUUUCUUCAUGAAGACCUCACAGUAAAAAUAGGUGAUUUUGGUCUAGCCACAGUGAAAUCUCGAUGGAGUGGGUCCCAUCAGUUUGAACAGUUGUCUGGAUCCAUUUUGUGGAUGGCACCAGAAGUAAUCAGAAUGCAAGAUAAAAACCCAUAUAGCUUUCAGUCAGAUGUAUAUGCAUUUGGGAUUGUUCUGUAUGAAUUGAUGACCGGACAGUUACCUUAUUCAAAUAUCAACAACAGGGACCAGAUAAUUUUUAUGGUGGGACGAGGAUAUCUGUCUCCAGAUCUCAGUAAGGUACGGAGUAACUGUCCAAAAGCCAUGAAGAGAUUAAUGGCAGAGUGCCUAAAAAAGAAAAGAGAUGAAAGACCACUCUUUCCCCAAAUUCUCGCCUCUAUUGAGCUGCUGGCCCGCUCAUUGCCAAAAAUUCACCGCAGUGCAUCAGAACCCUCCUUGAAUCGGGCUGGCUUCCAAACAGAGGAUUUUAGUCUAUAUGCUUGUGCUUCUCCAAAAACACCCAUUCAGGCAGGGGGAUAUGGAGAAUUUGCAGCCUUCAAGUAGCCACACCAUCAUGACAGCAUCUACUCUUAUUUCUUAAGUCUUGUGUUCGUACAAUUUGUUAACAUCAAAACACAGUUCUGUUCCUCAACUCUUUUUAAAGUUAAAAUUUUUCAGUGCAUAAGCUGGUGUGGAACAGAAGGAAAUUUCCCACCCAACAAAAGAGGGAAGAAUGUUUUAGGAACCAGAAUUCUCUGCUGCCAGUGUUUCUUCUUCAACACAAAUACCACAAGUCUGCCCACUCCCAGGAAGAAAGAGGAGAGACCCUGAGUUCUGACCUUUUGAUGGUCAGGCAUGAUGGAAAGAAACUGCUGCUACAGCUUGGGAGAUUUGCUCUGGGAAGUCUGCCAGUCAACUUUGCCCUUCUAACCACCAGAUCAAUAUGUGGCUGAUCAUCUGAUGGGGCAGUUGCAAUCACCAAGCCUCGUUCUCUUUCCUGUUCUGGGAUUGUGUUGUGGAACCCUUUCCCCUGGCCACCACCGGUUCAUUUCUGAGGGAUGGAACAAAAAUGCAGCAUGCCCUUCCUGUGUGGUGCAUGUUCAGUCCUUGACAAAUUUUUACCAAAAUGAAGCUACUUUAUUUAAAAGGAGGGUGAGAGGUGAGGAGGUCACUUUGGGUGUGGCGGAAAGGGAAUGCUGCAUCUUUUUCCUGGGCUGCUGGGGCUCUGGCCUUGGCUUGGCCAGCUGAAAGCGCUGGCGCGCAUCGCCUUCUUUUCCCAUUGGGUCCAGCAAUGAAGACGAGUGUUUGGGGUUUUUUUUUUCUCCACCAUGUAGCAAGUUCUCAGGAAAAUACAAUUGAUAUCUUCCUCCUAAGCUCUUCCAAUCAGUCACCAAGUACUUAUGUGGCUACUUUGUCCAGGGCACGAAAUGCCUGUAUCUAAUUAAAAGCCUACAAAACUGCUUGAUAACAGUUUUGAAUGUGAGACAUUUAUGUAAUUUAAAUGUAAGGUACAAGUUUUAAUUUCUGAGUUUCUUCUAUUAUAUUUUUAUUAAAAAAAGAAAAUAAUUUUCAGAUUGAAUUGGAGUAAAAUAAUAUUACUUCCCACUAGAAUUAUAUAUCCUGGAAAAUUGUAUUUUUGUUACAUAAGCAGCUUUUAAAGAAAGAUCAUUACCCUUUUCUCUACCUAAAUAUAUGGGGAGUCUUAGCCUAAUGACAAAUAUUUAUAAUUUUUAAAUUAAUGGUACUUGCUGGAUCCACACUAACAUCUUUACUAAUACCUCAUUGUUUCUUCCAACUUACUCCUACACUACGUCCUACAUCUUCUUCCUAGUCUUUUAUCUAGAAUAUGCAACCUCAAAUAAAAAUGGUGGUGUCUUCAUUCAUUCUCCUCCUUCCUUUUUUCCCAAGCCUGAUCUUCAAAAGGUUGGUUAAUUUGGCAGCUGAGUUCCUCCCCAGGCAGAGAAUAGACCAAUUUUAGGUGUAUUGGGACUGAGGGAGGAUGUGUAAAGAUUAACAUCAGUAAAGAACCGCUGUGGAGUAAGUAAGAACUUUGUUCUUUAUAACUGGAGAAUAUAACCUAAUCAUAACUUCCCUCAGCCUUUACUAAAGUGUGGCGUAAAUCACAGUAGUAGCAAAGAAAGUGACUCUGGAUGUGUUCCUGGCCAGUACUUCCCUUACCAUGAAUGUAGACUCUCUUAUCAAGAUUUAGGAAUAUAAAUCAAAUCAAAUGUGCCCAGCCAAGCUAUGUAGUAAAGGACCUGAACAAUAUUAGGCAGAACCUAUAAAAUAAAUCAGGGAAUUAGAAAUUAAAGUUUGCAAAUUGUAAAUUGCCCUGGUGUCUUUCAGCCUACUGCCAUUAUUUUUGCUACAAUACCUACAUUUCAGAGGAGGGCCUACUGAAAAUUCCAUGCAAGUGGAAAAUAAUCCUCAAGUUAUUAAUGAGUUUGAAAAGCAAUGAAUUCUUAAGUCUUUGUGAGUAGAGCAAGAUCCUACAAAAUUCACAAAUAGUAAAAAUGGAUUCAUGCUGAUUUGAAGAGCAUCUGUGUGCAUAAUAUAAUGCUGCAUCUCUUUUAAAAGCAGUCUAUUUUUCUUUUUAAAUUUGUCCCCAUAGAUGCUUUUGAACAUGAACAUGCUUGUGUUACCUUUUCCGAGGUUGGGAAGAGCCAGGAGCUCUCAGGCAGGGCCCCCUCCCUCAGCUGGGCAGGAGCUGCCCAGGAGGAGCUAGUUAUAGAGGAAGCUUAGCGCUGGCAUUUUCAAAAUUCAAGGUGAUAACGCUUUCUUCUUCCUUUCUGUUUUAGAAUAGAUUGCUGUCUGAUUUGAAAAAGGGAAAUAGAUUUGAUCUCAAAUGAAUCUGUGCCCAGAAGCCAGGCUCAGGGUAUUGAGAGAUUUGUAUAGUGCCCUCAAAAAAUAACAAAAUUUUAGCUUUCCUUUUUUCUUCUUUUCUCCAUCAAAUUCUUUUUUCUCUAGUUUACAAAUGAGAUGGAAAAGGAAUUUCCCCUGAGUUUUGUAUGCCUUUUUUUUUUGGCUUAGACUACAGAUAGGCGUGUUGAGCUCCGAAGAAAAUACAAGGAGGAACUCUUUGUUGUGCAGAGCACUUUAUGAGUAGUUUGUGUGGAUAGUAUGAGACUGCUUCCCUGACGAGCUUGUGAGGCUGUACUUAUGUCUUUCCUGUAAGGCAGCUGCAGUGCCUUCUGUAGUGUAUAUAAGGAAAGAUUACGCCUUCUGAAAAAUCUCAGAGCAACCGUAAGAUUAUUUUAAAAUAUGUAGUAUUACUGAUGGACUUUUUCAUCAUUAAAUUAGUCUAGCAUCUAAACUUUUACCACUGAAAUAAUAUUGACCAAAAAGCAAUUUAUAAAAGGGAUUUGUAAAUAAAAACUACAAUGUGAUCAUUUGUACUUAUGUGCACCUUAAAAGAGGAAUUCUGUCUAACUGUCAAAUUCUGCUUCCUUAACAUCCAGUUCUUGAUUGUGAUUGAGAUCUGGUAGGAUGUGCUGGGGCACGCUAGCAGAUAAAAUCCCGUAUACUUUAGGAUAGAUGUUAUAUUUAUGUCAGUGUUGGCAAAGAGCAUUGUGUAGUAAUAAAGAAUUCAAGACUUCAGCAAUGUCAACCUGAAACUAUGUAAAUAUUUCCUAGAUUGUCAUUUGAUGCAGUCACAGCUCUUUAUCACACAAUGUUGUCUUUCCCUCAUCAGGCAAUUUUAGAACUGCUGCACACCCCUCCUCAGAUCUCACCUGCCCCUCCUGUACAUUCACCUCUCCAGCCUUGUGCACACCUCAUUUAGCUUUAGUUUGAAACACAUUGCAGGGUUCAGGUGACCUCUUCAAAAACUACCUCCUCAGAAUGAGGUAAUGAAUAGUUAUUUAUUUUAAAAUAUGAAAAGUCAGGAGCUCUAGAAUAUGAAGAUCCAAGAUUUUAACUUUUGUGUAUACUUGUUGAGCACUCUCCUUUUGUCCUAAAGGGCAUUAUACAUUUAAGCAGUAAUACUGAAAAAUGUAGCUCAGAGUAACUGAAUGUUGUUGAAAGUGGUGCCAGAAUCUGUUUUAGGGGUACGUAUCAGAAUCUUAAUCUUAAAUCGGUUGCAUGAAAUUAAAUAGUUAAUGGUAACACUUGACUAACAUAUAAUUUUAAUUUUCGGUAGGCUUUUAGCAAGACAGUACAUCUUCAUAAUGAGUUAGCCACAGCUUCAUCACAUGCACAGAUUUUCCUGUUGAGAGACUGCCCAGUUAAGAGGGUAGAAUGAUGACCCGUUUUUCAGGAUUCUCUUCUUUGUCCAAACUGGUAUUGUGAGUGCUAGAAUAUAAGCACUUUGAAACUAGUGAUUCCAACUAUUAGGCUAUUAAAAAGCAAAACAAACCAAACAAACAAACCAUAGCCAGACAUAGGAAGUUUACUAUGAGUAUAAACAGCAAAUAGUUUACAGGUCGUACAUUGAAAUGGUGUAGGUAAGGCGCUAGAAAAAUACCUUGACAAUUUGCCAAAUGAUCUUACUGUGCCUUCAUGAUGCAAUAAAAAAAAAAAAAAAUUUAGCAUAAAUCAGUGAUUUGUGAAGAGAGCAGCCACCCUGGUCUAACUCAGCUGUGUUAAUAUUUUUUAGCGUGCAAUUUAGACUGCAAAGAUAAAUGCACUAAAGAGUUUAUAGCCAAAAUCACAUUUAAAAAAUGAGAGAAAACACAGGUAAAUUUUCAGUGAAGAAAAUUAUUUUUUUAAAGUACAUAAUCCCUAGUAUAGUCAGAUAUAUUUAUCACAUAGAGCAAAUAGGUUGAAAUCACAAUUCAGUGACAUUUCUAGAGAAACUUUUUCUACUCCCAUAGGUUCUUCAAAGCAUGGAACUUUUAUAUAACAGAAAUGUGUGACGGUCAUUUUAAAUUGCUGUAGUUUGGGGCUGAAGUACUGUGUGCUGGGCAGCAAUCAUACGUAUUAACUAGUGAGAAAGGAGAAAUUAAGAUAUAGAAUUUGAUUUUCUUGUUCACAGAUUACUGCUGCCAACCUAGACACUGAGUUUCCAGAGACUGAAACGUAAACUUGCAGCUCAGGAAUUGUUUUGCAAAUUUAGUGGGACUGUCCUGCUUAUGCUAUUCAAAAAUGCUCUGAGGGCCAGGUGGGGUCUCCAGGGGCUCCUCUCUGAGGGGACAUCAGACUAGCUAACGACCUGGCGGGCGGAUGUGAACCGGACACACUCCAUGGUGUGCUUCUUGUAUCGGUCCCUCGCCACCCUCAAGAAAGUCUUCAGCGGGUUCUCUAGACGUCUCCGCUAAGGUGUGUUACUAACAGCCAUGGGUUGUUGAGCACCCGAGGAGUGCAAUAGCAUCUCUGCAUGAUUGUAUAUUGGCCCGAAGAGAAUGAAGUGGCCAGUGUACUCAUGUUCCAUGUUGCUAGCUCUGGUAAAUUGAAAAUACUGGUAAGAUUUUUGUUUUAUCAGUACACUAGAGAGUAAGCUUUGUUUUGUUGUUUUUAGAUAAUCAAUUUUCACUUCCAUUUGGAAAGACAUUUAAAUUGAGUUUCAGUCCUAAAUUUUGCCAGUCAUGGUAAUUAGCAGUUUCUAUCAGGUAUUUUUAAGGUAGAAGAGGAUAGAAACAUAAGUUCUAAAAGUUUAAGGUAACCGUGGUUUAUUUUAAAAUGCUUAGGGGUGGUUAGUUUCUACCUCAAAAAAAGUGAGUGAAUCUUUUAUUUCAGCAUUCACAAGUUCGGCUGUUGUUUUUGUAAUACUUUUUUUUUUUUUAACCUUUUGACCCCCCUUUACCUAAAUGUCAGUGUAGUUUUAUUAAUUACUAAGUCAGUUUCAUUAAAAGGUUUAUUUAGCAGUUUUGACUAAUUGCAAUGAUUAAUAUAGCCAGUUGUGCAUGAGGACACAGCCAGUGAGUAUAUCUGGGGUUUUUUUGUGAUGCUUUUUUUCUUAAGACUUCUGUAGAUUUAUGAAGUACUCAUUGAAAACAACUAAAAUACGUUUAUUCAUGUUGAUAUGGAAAAAAAAAAAAGCUAUUUGCAGACCAUCUGCUUGCUUCUUCUGGCAGGCUGAGCACAUUGUCCAUCACCCACAAGUGGCUGGUUCUCAUCGCAGAAUCUACGUAGGGAAUCGGGCGUGAAAUUCACUUAAGAGAUAGAGCAGAGGAAGUGUUCUGUUUACAGGAAUGGAGAUGAGAGUUAUGAGUAAGUUGCUUAGUCAGUUGGCUUUGUUUUGAAAAUUAUUGUGUUACAUUUGUGUUAACCUACUUGUGUUUUGACAGUGUAUGUCACAUAGGAAGAAACCUCAGACUAGCAUAAUAACAAAGCUCAGACUAGGCACAGAUGUACACAGAAUGGACCAAAAUGGGAGAGGCGAAGGUAUGGGAAUAAGUCUAGGGGUAGGGAAAAAUUGAUGUGAGGGUGGGAAAUAAACUGUAAUUACCUGAAAUAAAAUGUAAGAGUGCAAUAAGUGUGCUUUUUAUUCUAAGCUGUGAAUGGGUUUUUUUAAAAAAAGCAUUCCUUCCCAAUGCAUUUGCCUAUGUUCCAUAGCUGAUUAAAACCAGCUAUAUAAACAUAUGCCUUUUUAUUCAUGUUAAUUACCAAUAUAAAUGGCUAACCUUUACGUCUUAUUUAUCUUCAUGUUAUGUUAGUUUACAUACAGGGAUGUGUGUGUGUGUGUGUAUGCUAUAAAUUUUCCCUCCUUCAUUUAAAAAUGCGUUUGUUGGAUCCUCUCUGUUUCCUUAGGCCAUGCCACAGGUCAUAGUCUCAGCUUGGCCUUCCUGUCACCUGAUCUGAAGGACUAUCACAGUGACGUAGCUCGUUCAUUGGUUGUACACACUCUAACCCUUUUCCUUGCUCAGCAAUUACUGUGUCUUCUAAAACAGGAGUGUACAACCAUGAGAUUGCAAUUAACUGUUUGACAUAUGUUCCUUUGAAUUCUAUUUAUUAGUUAUGAUUGAUUGCUCUUUGGUUUGGACCAAGAAAAAGGAAAUCCCGCCUCCCCACCUUUUCACUUAUUUCUUACUUUGAGGACAAUUCUGUAAGAGAGAGGAAAGGGAACUCCUUCAUGUUUUAACUGCAGCAAGUUAAUGGCCCUGGUUUACACCAAACAUUAUGGUGAUUCACAUUCACAUUCCUCUCCUCUCUUGCUGCCAAAGGUUUGGGUUUUGUUCAGUUCUGCUCAAGCACUGAAAAAGUUUUCAAGGAGUCUGGAGAAUGCCCAGUGAAAAGAUGGUUUUUAAUUGUCCCCAGACCUUUCUGUUCCUGCUUUGCAAAAAUUACAAAGGAGUAACUAUUUUUAAAGCUUAUUUUUCAAUUCAUAAAAAAGACAUUUAUUUUCAGUCAGAUGAUGUCUCCUUGUCCCUUAAUCCUCAAUGUUUGCUUGAAUCUUUUUUUUUUUCUGAUUUUCUCCCAUCCCCACUUCUCAAUAUUUCUUGAGUUCUCUUUCCUGCUCAGGUCCUUUCAUUUGUACUUUGGAGUUUUUUCUCAUGUAAAUUUGUACAAUGGAAAAUAUUGUUCAGUUUGGAUAGAACGCAUGGAGAAUUAAAUAAAAAAGAUAGCUGAAAUUCAGAUUGAAAUUUAUUUGUGUAAAGUUAUUUAAAAACUCUGUACUAUAUAAAAGGCAAAAAAAGUUCUAUGUACUUGAUGUGAAUAUGCGAAUACUGCUAUAAUAAAGAUUGACUGCAUGGA